ACACUGAUCUCCUUAUGUAAUUGUAAUUCGUAUAUUCAUAAAUCUGAUAUCUGAAGUAAACUUGGGAAUUUUAUCAAAUCUUUUUUGAAAAAUACGUCGAUUUUACCGAUAAGAUAUGUCCAGACAAAAUUCAGCUCGUGCUGAUGGCAAGAAAGUUAGUUCCGAGUUAUUUACUCUAACUUAUGGAGCAUUGGUUUCGCAGCUUGUUAAAGAUUUUGAAAAUGAUGAUGCAGUCAACAAGAAACUAUAUGACAUGGGCUACAACAUUGGUGUCCGGUUAAUAGAAGAUCUUAUUGCAAAAGGAAAUGUACAAAGAUGUCAUGACUUGCGUGAAACUGCUGAUGUAAUUGCCAAACUUGGUUUCAAAAUGUUCCUUGGUGUCACUCCUAUUGUUUCAAAAUGGAGUCCAGGCGGUGAUGAGUUUUCUCUGAUGCUCGAUAAUAAUCCGCUUACAGAGUUUGUGGAAUUACCAUCUGGGCACGAUAAAUUGUGUUAUUCAAACAUUCUUUGCGGAGUAUUGAAAGGUGCUUUAGAAAUGGUUCAAAUGGAUGUGGAAGUGCAUUUUGUUCAGGAUGUUUUACAUGGAGAUGACACAUCAGAAAUACGUGUUAAAUUCAUUAAAAAACUUGAGGAUGCCAUUCCGGCUGGCGAAGAAUAGCUUGGAACAAAUGAACAGCAUUUAAAGUUUGCUUCAGAGGCUACUUUGAAUUCUCAUAAGUGUGAAAAAGCACAACUAUGAACAAAACUACAUAUUUUAGAUCAACCUUAAGGGAUGUCACAUGCAUAAUAGCUUUGAGGCGAUCACUACUUGACUACAAUCUUGAUAAUCAACUUGAAAUGACAACUGACCAUUCAACCAACUUUUAAUAAUUAUUCUUACAUACAAA